AUGCGCGCACUUGCAGUGGCUGUCAAGGACAACACCACCGUCACAAGACUCGACCUGAGCAGCAACCACAUCAGCCCCGAGGGCGCUGCGGCGUUGGCACAAGGGCUGAAGCACAACAAGACCAUCGCGCGGCUCAACUUGCACUGGAACUCUCUCGGUGAUGUCGGCGCUGUGGCGUUGGCAGACGCGCUGACGCACAACACGGCUGUGACAACGGCGUGCACGUCCAUCGGCCUCGAGGGCACUGUGGCGUUGGCGGAGAUGCUGAAGCACAACACCACGAUCACGGCUCUUUUCUUGAGCGACAAUUCCAUUGGCGAUGAAGGCGUUGUGGCGUUGUCGGAGAUGCUGAAGCACAACAUGACCAUCACAUACCUCGUCCUGGGCAACAACUCCAUCGGUGAUUUGGGCGCAAAGGCGUUGGCAGAGAUGCUGAAGCACAACACGACCAUCAUGGAAAUCCUCGUGUACACCAACUCCAUUUCUCCGGUCGGAGGCGCCGCGCUGGGAGCUGUCAUGGACCAGAACCGCACACUCAAAUGCAUUUACAUCGAGAAGAACUCCCCCGCCACCGCCCGCGCGUUUGGUGCUGCGCUGCCCGUCGACCGCAACAUUGACACGGGUUCCUGGGACGAUGAUCCCGAAGGCAGAGCCGCCUACAAGGAAGCCCGUCAGGGGAAGAAGACUCAGCAACAACAGAUGCUGUUCACUGCCUGCGAGAACGGUGACGUUGAGGCUGUGGCCUCACUCAUUGACCAAGACCAUGCUCAAGUCAGCCAACAGGACAACCAGGGCGAUACGCCGCUACAUGUCGCAUGCAGACACAACCAACCCGCCACUGUGAAGCUGCUGUUGGAUAAGGGCGCAGACACGGCCAUUAAGAACAGCAAGGGCAAUACGCCGUACAAUACAGCGGCUGUCAGCGGUCACCUUGCCCUGACCACCAUUGAAGGGCUCAAGCCAGCCAAUGACCAACAACAGCAACCAUCAUCCACUGCACCAAACACUCGUCCGACAGAGCAGGCACACAGAGCGGCAGUGCAGGCACGCAUGAUGGAGAUUGCCACGCGGUUCAGCAAGCACAUGGCGGGGCGAGCCAAGAUUGGGCUGUCUGGCCAGGGCCGCGCGGGCAAAACGACGCUUGUGGACUCACUUUUGGGCAAAGAGUUCAACAGCCAGCAGCACUCCACGCUCGGCGCCACCAGCAAGGACAUGAGUGUCACCGUCCACACCAUGGAAGUAUGCGAUUGGAAGGAAAGCGAAGAGCGUGGGACCGAAUUUAUGCGCAGUCUCUAUGGGACAGCCAUGGCACAGGAAUCGGGCGUGGACAAGGAAAUGGAGAAGGCAGUGACAACGGUGCAUGCAAAGCUCUCCGCUGGUGUCGUCGAAGACGAGGAGCCCGCGGCUCGGCUGGUGAAGAAUGACAGCACGACGGGACGCAGCACACGCCCUUCCCAGACCCCUUCCUCGAGGACCGCAUCUACCACGACGCCAUCCACAGCAUCAAUUUCUCGGCCUGUGUCCCCGCGCCUGGUGCAUGUCACCGCAGCACCAGCGGUGGAGCGCCAGCCCGGACAACAGGCACGCAGCAGUGAUCAAGGUGACGACGACACUGACGCGCCCGACAAUGCGGCCACCCCAUCCAUUUCGGAGGAGGAGGUGGAGAAGGCAAUCAAGGACUUUGAUUUUGACGCAACACUUGGCGAGGGCAAGACACAGGUCUCGUUCAAGAUCUUCGACCUGGGCGGCCAGUCCACCUUCUACAUCUUCCACCCUUUCUUCCUCACCAAGUACGCGGUGUACCUGCUGGUGUUCUCAAUGGAGGAUCUGCUGCACCAAGACAAGAGCAAGCGGGCUGAAUCGUGGGAGUUUAUGGAGCACUGGCUCUCCUCCCUCCACCUCCACGCCAAGGGCGCACCCGUCCUCAUCAUCGGCACUUUCGCUGAUGUGGUCAGCAAGCGUAAGCAGCACGAGAAUAUUUCACGCGACAUCUACAGCCGCCUUCGCCACAACCCGGCCUUUCCUGGUGUCAUCCACAACGACAAGCAUGGUCUGUGGUUCUGGCCCGUUGACAACACCAAGUCCAUCAAUGACCCCAUGAUCCAGGACCUGCGCCAGACCAUCUCCUCCACCGCGCUGGCGCAGGAGUACGUGAGCCAGGAGGUGGCUGUGCCAUACCUCCACCUCUACGACAAGCUCAACGCCAUUGCCCGCGACGAGAAGCGGCCGCUGCUCACGUUUGACGAGGUGGUGAAGAUUGCACGCUCGUGUGGGCUGCGCACACGUGAGGAGACGAGGGCGUGCCUACAGUUCCUACACCUGUACUCAAUGGUGCUGUACUACGACACCGUGCCAGGCAUGGAAGAUUUCGUGAUCCUGAGUCCGCAGUGGGCGGUGGACACGAUGACGCGCGUCAUCCGCAACUUUGACCUGCAUCGCGAUGUGCGGGAUGGCGAGGCAAGGGCCGUUGGCGCGCAGCUGUGGGACGACCUCGUUGACCGCGGCAUCCUACACCGUCGCCUGCUGGGAGUGCUGUGGAACGACGUGCACAGCAACUUGGUGAUGCCUUUCCUGCGGCUCAUGAUGCAGUACGGGCUGUGCAUUGAGUAUUCCCCACCCAAGCUGGUGGACAGCCGCAGAGCACUCGCCCGCACCAACUCUGGCCACGGUGACAACGCUACAGCCAAGGGCAGCAAGGGCAACAGUCCUGGGCACCAGCAGUACCUGGUUCCAGCCAUCCUGCCGAUGACGAUUCGUCACAACAGCAGCACGAUGGCAUCUGUGACUCUGAGCACGACGGCAGCGCAGCAGGUCAACCCGUAUCUUGGGUACGAGAAGAAGACAGCGUUUGUCGCCUUCAGCCUGAAGCAGUUCAAGCAAAGUGCGAGUGUGCAAGUUGAGCACGCAAAGCACGCGUCUUUCCUGCCAGAGGGCCUGUUUACGGUUGUGUUAGCGCAUGUGAUGGCGCAUGCACAGCACGGCGCAUCGCAGGAACCCAAGCUGAGCCGCACCCACGCCAUCUGCUUCAUGGAGUCCACCAAGCUUGAGCUACAGCUUGUGCCGGCUGUUGGCGGCAUCAAGAUGAAGAUCACGAGCGCGCAGCCGCGCGCCAUGCUGCACAUGCUGCACACCAUGAUCAGCGAGGCCGCCAGAGAGCGCUACCCCGAGCUGAAGAGCAGCCUGUUGCUACCGUACGACGACAAGACGCUGCUGUUCUUUGAGGAUGUGCUGCACCACCACAAGCGCAAGCAGGACAUGUGGGUAGACGAACAGCUGCUGUCACCCGAUGACCUGAUCGCCAAGUAUGGCCCUCUCUUGCCCGUUCUCGGCCUGCAGGACAAGUAUGACGUCUUCAUCAGCUACCGGCAACGCGCCAACAGCGGGCUGGUGAUGGCGCUGCACCCGCGCUUGGAGCAGCGUAACCUGGUUGCGUUCCUGGACGCCAACAACCUGGAGACGGGCCUCAACUUCAAGUUGUCGUUCAUGACGGCGAUUGGGCUGAGUCUGGUGGCCUGCCCCAUCGUCUCUGCUGCCACCAUCAUGCAGAUGAGGCAGCUGCAGCACAGCGACUACUGCGACAACGUGCUGCUGGAGUGGAUGACGAUGCUGGCGCUGCACGAGUUCCAGCGGGCGCAUGAAAAAGAUGAUGAGAAGGAGCAGCACGCCAAGAUCCGCCUUCGCCGCGUCGUGCCUGUGUUCGUGAGCAGUGCGUGGCACAACGCGAACGACAGCAGCAGCAUGAACAAGGGUGGGGCCAGUCAGUACGAUUCGUUUGACAACAUGAAGCGGCUGGCGAUGACGCUGCCCAAUGUCGUGAGCAAGGAGACAGCAACAGCACUGGACCAGUACUUUACACAAGUGCUGCACCUGCCGUCGCCACAACAACACAGGAGCGUGCGCGAGACUGUGCUGUCGCUGUUUGACAUUGACGCGGUCAUUGCACUGGAUGCCACUGUUGAUCGCACUUCACAGCUGCGCGACAUUGCGGAGAAGGUGCGCCAGGUUGCCGUCUCUGCGAUUAAAGGGCAGCCGUUGGCAUCAGCACCACAUCCUGAACCCAUGCAGGAACAGGGUGGUGUCGAGUUUGACGAGGAGUUCAAGGCGUGGCUGUCGACCAACAAGCUGCUGCCGCACAUGCAUGAUGCCCUGGAAGAAGUGGGCGCCGCAAACUUUGCCAUGCUCGAGGUGUUGGUGGACACGGGUGUGGUUGGGGUGAACAAGCUGCAGGAGAUGGGUGUUCGUGCUGGUCCCGCACAUUUGUUCAUGCAGCGCUUCCAGGAGCAUCGCGCAGCCGCCAACGCCGCAAAGCAGAGCUGCUGUUGCCUGCUCAUGUGAGGAGUUCCCGUCAAUACUAUGUCGUGAUGAAGUGAAUUCAUGCUGCGUUUCCGUUGAUGAGAAUACACGUAAUGUGACCACA